AGCUAGAGCAGCGCGUCCACAGGACUAUAGCACUGUGUUUGUGGUUUAAUCUGCUCGUUUUGAGAACUGUUCCUUUUCGUGUCGUUGAUUUUACAGAAUAUAAAUUACAAAGAGAAGAACAUGAACAAGGAUAAGAUCUUCAAGCUAGCAAAGGGGUUCAGGGGUAGAGCCAAGAAUUGCAUAAGGAUAGCAAGGGAGAGGGUGGAGAAGGCAUUACAAUAUUCCUACAGAGACCGCCGCAACAAAAAGAGGGACAUGCGAUCCCUUUGGAUCCAAAGGAUCAAUGCUGGCACACGCAUUCAUGGGGUCAAUUAUGGGAACUUCAUGCAUGGGCUGAUGAAGGAGAAUAUUCAACUUAACAGAAAGGUUCUGUCAGAGUUAUCUAUGCAUGAACCUUAUAGCUUCAAGUCGCUGGUAGAUAUAUCACGAAAUGCAUUUCCAGGAAACAAGAAUGUGGUGGUUCCUCCUAGAAAGGUGGCCUUUUAGAGCAUGUGGCAUGUCAUUAAACAUAUAGUGCUAGUUUAUAUUAGAAUCGUUAACUAUUUUUGAGGAUUUUGGGUUCAGUACCCUCUAUGUUACUAUCAAUUUUGCUUGCCUGUGAUUCACAAACUCAUUGUGUACUUCGUAAUUACAUGAUUUUCCUCUUCCUCUGCCCUUGCUUUGGUUUUCAGUAAUAUUCUACUAUAACAAAGCUGGAUCCCAAGUAUGGUCGCCUUUAUGGAUCAUUUGUUGCCAUUAGGCUCUAUCAAAAUUAAAAUUUUUUUUUUUAACAAGAAACAUUUACAAGACUUCUAUUUGUUCUUUUCUUUUUUUUGGUCGAUAAAACUUAUACCUGUUCCAAACCCAAAAUUACAUGUUAACGUGGGAAGAACAGUUGUGUCUCCUAGGUCAUAUUUUAAAGAUUGGAAGAUCACAAAAAGUUAAUUUCAUGUUUAAUUAUGAUCCUUAGCAGCCAUCGCGUACAAUUACUAAAUUAUCCAUACCUAUUAAUACUUAAUAGAAAUUUAAAUUUACAAGAUCAAAUUGGCAAGGCACAUGACAUGCUUCUGUUCGAGUGAUAAAUGGAGUUUCUCUUGGGCUUUCAUUACAAAGGUAAACGUGUUAA